UUAGUGACUAGAUCAUCAUGAAGAUGGUUGACAAGAGUAAGUUUGAUCCAAUUUUAAGCAGAGAAAAUUGUGCUUUUCAUAGAGAGUAAAAAGUUACUUCCGCUGAAAGACAGGCAUGACAACAGCAGCUCGACCAACCUUUGAGCCAGCACGGGGAGGACGGGGUAAAAAUGAAGGCGAUCUUAGUGCUUUGUCUAAACAGUACUCUAGUCGGGAUUUACCAGCUCACACCAAAAUCAAAUACAGACAAGAAGGACAGGGAACAUCUGAUGAGCUGAGGGGACGUGACUUUCGUCGUGAUUUAGAGGAAAGGGAGAGAACUGUCAGGGAAAAGCGUGACAGAAAUCGGGAGUCCGGCAGUAGUAAGCGACCACGCCUUGAUCAGGUCCCCGCAGCGAACCUUGAUGCUGAUGAUCCAGUCGAUGAUGAGGAUGAAGAUGAGUCCUCUGAUGAUGAAGACGAUACUGCAGAGUUGAUGGCAGAACUACAGAAAAUUAAAAAAGAACGAGCCAAUGAAAAAGCUAGACUGGAUGCAGAGAAGAAGGUAGAAGAAGAGCGAAUCAGAACGGAGAACAUUUUGAAGGGGAAUCCCCUGCUGAACCAGCAAGAGAAGGUGGUCACCGACUUCAAGGUCAAGCGAAGAUGGGACGAUGAUGUCGUGUUCAAGAAUUGUGCGAAAGGUGAGGACGACAAAAAGAAGAGUGCGUUUAUUAACGACACCUUGAGGUCCGAAUUCCACAAAAAGUUCAUGGAAAAGUACAUCAAAUAACACUCACUCUCUGUACUGUAGAUUCUGAUUGGCCUUAUGGAAAAUGAGAUAAAAUCUGAUUGGUCUAUUGUCAGACCCUGUUUGGUUGGUAUUAGUUUGUAGAAUAACUGGGUGUCAAAAUGGAAAAAAUGAUUUUUCAAACAAGAUCAGUUAUUUGCUAAACACCAUACAACCAUAAAUUACAAAGAGCCGUCUUCAUGAUUCAGCUUUUGUGUAUUGAUGUUGAGGUCUAAUUUGUUUACAGUUUUGACAAAAAUGUUGUACAUUGUACUAAAAAACUGACCACUCAUCUCCAUCGUCAUGUUAAAUGCAUAUCUAUAUACCGUGUGAUAUUUUACAUGACAUAAAAUCUAAAUCAUAUUGUAUCUUGUCUUUUUAAAAGUUCUUUUCUUUUUAUAAUGUUAUGCUUUAUGUCUGUAACAAGGUUCUUUCUCACACUCCUUGAAUAUUCAUCCAGCAGAAAUCACAUUUGUUUUCACUUGCUCCCAACAUAAUAUCAUUGAAAAAUGUAAAAGUAAAUGUCAUGCAUAUUAAUGAAACAGAUUUUUUUUUUUAAAUGAUUUUAAUUAUCUAUAAGUGAUUAUGAAUUGUAAAAAGAAUUUAAUAUACCCAUGUACAUGUUUUGAAAUAGUUUCAAACUGUGUUUGUUCACUGUUUAAAAUACUGCUCUCUUUUAAAGUAAUAAAUUGUGUAAAAUGUU